AUGGACUUCAAUCCUCGAAUGAGUAUGGCGCGCAGCUCACAACAGUCAAGCCAGCAGAAACAGCGCAAGGAGGAGGAUGGCGAUGCUUUCAUGCAGUUGAGCGACAGAGAGAUCGCUGGAUGUAUAAGCGACAUCGGCAUCAAUUUCAGCGUGGAGGACCUAGCGAAACCCAAUCCUCAGCAGAUCCAACGCAUUUUCGAAUGGUUCGCCGAAUUGCUCACAAACACGACACGCGAGAUCGUUGCGCCAGCCAUGAAAGCCGCUUCUGGUGAAAUGUACGGCGACGACGCAGAUCGAAUCUUCACUCCGGACACGCGCGAACUCAUGGGCUUCUUCAUUACAAUGCGCAAGCUCUUGUUCGAAUGUGGUAUUAAAGACUUCACCUUUUCGGACCUCUACCAACCUAAGCGACCACGACUUGUCAAGAUCUUCAGCUACAUCAUCAAUUUCAUUCGCUUCCGCGAAUCCCAGACCAGUGUUAUCGAUGAGCACUACAACUCUUCCGAGCAUACCAAGAACAAGAUCGAACAGCUGUAUUUAUCGAACCAGGAGCAAGAUGAGAAGCUUCAAGAAAUGCAGCAGAAUAGGCAGAACGUGGAGCAGGCGAUCAAGGACAAAGAGAAGCGAUCACAAGAGCUGAAGACGCGACUACUGGAACUCAAGACUGCGCAAGAGAGAGUGACACAAAAGCUGGAGCGAGUCAAAGAGCAGCAGAAUAGAAUGAAGAUGAUGCUGGAGGACAAGACGACGACGGUCAUGACCACGAGGCAAGAGGCGAACAAACUGCGACCAUACACUGAGCAGUCGCCUGCCGUGCUGGAGCAGUCUUUGCGCGACCUCAACUCCAAUCUCACAGCCGACCGAGCAGAGAUCGACCACCUCGACCGCCGAGCACGAGCCCUCCAGACCAGCUGCGAGACCUUUACAGUGCUGCAUAACGACAUCUCAUCUCUCACGCGCCUCCUCGCUGACCUACAGACCGAGCUUCAACGAGAGGAGGAAGAAGGGCAAGCAGCGCAGAAGAAUCGCGAUGCCUUAUCCGAGAAGUCGAAUGCUGUGCGAGAUGUAGAGCGGCAAGAGAAACUUCUUCGGAAACAGCUUGAGAGCUGGCAGGCGAGGACCGAGAAGCUGCGGCGCGAUGCUGAUACCAAAGCCACGAAUGCGAAUCAGAAGAUGGAGGAUUUGAGAAGUGUGCAUCGUGAGCUCACUGCUGAUCGCAAGGAGAGGCACGAAGAGAUCGAGAAGCGGAAGAUUCGUAUUGAGCAGACGGAGAAGAAGAUGGCCGAUUUGAAGGAGAAUAUCGAGCACGAAGUCCAGAGCGCCAGAGCCGAAUACGUGAAGAUGGAGAGCCACAUUCGCCUGUAUAUCACAGAGAUGGAGCGGAGUAUAUGA